CUCCUCUUCUCCAGCGUCCGAUCCCCGUUUCCCACGAAUCCCACUCUACUCCUCCAUCUGCGGCCUCCUCCAUGCACCUGCCCCCUUCUCUCUCCUCCUUGCUUCCCCGCGCGCACGUUUUUACAAGGGUUUCGGCGGAGGCGACCGGUCGCCGACGAUGGCGGACGACAGCGGCAGCCACGAGGGCGGCGGCGGCGACGACGACGUCCGGGAGCAGGACAUGUUCUUGCCUAUUACCAGCAUCACCCGGAUCAUGAAGAAGGCCGUCCCGGCCAAUGCCAAGAUCACUAAGGACGCUAAGGAGAUAAUGCAGUACUGCGUCUCCGAGUUCAUAUUCUUUGUGACGAGCGAGGCGAGGGAGAAAAGCAAAAAGGAGGAGCGUAAGAGAAUCAACGUGGACGAUUUGCUCUGGUCAGUGGAUACGGCAGGAUUCGAGUACGUGGAGCUUCUCAGGAUUUGCCUACAAAAGUACAGAGAGACGGGGAAGUGCACGGUGUACACGACGUGAUCAGGUUAUUAACCUGUAACACCUUAGUGAGAAAACAUUGAGCACUUGGCAGGUAGUACGCAAUCAGUUUAGGAAACUGCAAACUGCAAGCUCCUGGGCAACUAAUGUUGUUGCUGUGAACAAGGUGAUAGUAAUAAGGUGUCUACAAAGGCUGGCGAGGGCUCUUUAAAUAAGGAUGCAGUUAGUACCCAUGGUGGCACCAGUAACUCAAGCAACCAGCAUGGAGUUUACAACCAAGAGAUGGUACCACCACAGCAUGGAGUUAACAACAAAGAGAUGGACGAUAUGUCGCCACAGUUGGUUCACCAUGGAGUUUACAACCUUGAGAUGGACAAUAUGCUGUCACAGUUGGAUCAACAUGAAGUUUACAAUCAAGGGAUGGAUGAUAUGCCAGCACAUUUGGUUCAACAUGGAGUUUAUAACCAAGGGAUAUGCGAUAUGACGCCACAGUUGGUUCAACAUGGAGUUUACAACCAAGGGAUGAGCGAUAUGCCACCAAAGCAUGGAGUUUACAACCAAGCGAUGAAUGAUAUGCCGACACAGUUAGUUCAACAUGGAGUUUACAACCAAGAGAUGGAUGAUAUGCUGCCACAGUUGGUUCAACAUGGAGUUUACAACCAAGGGAUGAGUGAUAUGUCGCCACAGUUGGUUCAACAUGGAGGUUACAACCAAGAGAUGGAUGAUAUGACGCCACAGUUGGUUCCGCACGGAGUUUACAACCAAGGGAUGAGCGAUAUGCUGCCACAGUUGGUUCAACAUGGAGUUCACAACCAAGAGAUGGACGAUAUGCCGCCACAGUUGGUUCAACAUGGAGUUUACAACCAAGAGAUCAAUGAUAUGCAGCCACAGUUGGUUCAACAUGGACUUUACAAUGGAGAAAUGGAUGAUAUGCCGCCACAGUUGGUUCAACAUGGAGUUGACAACCAAGAGAUGGACGAUAUGCCACCACAUUUGGUCCAACAUGGAGUUUACAACCAAGAGGUGGACAAUAUGGUGCCACAUUUGGUUCAGCAUGGAGUUUACAACCAAGGGAUGAGCGAUAUGCUGCCACAGUUGGUUCCACAUGGAGUUUACAACCAAGAGAUGGAUAAUAUAACGCCACAGUUGGUUCAGCAUGGAGUUUACAACCAAGGGAUGGACGAUAUGCCGCCACAGUUGGUUCAACAUGGAGUUUGCAACCAAGGGAUGGUCGAUAUGCAACUGCAGUUUGUUCAACAUGGAGUUUGCAACCAAGGGAUGGACGAUAUACCUCCACAGCUAAGAGAUGUUAACCUACUAGAAGAUACUGGGGUAAAUAACCUUGGACCCGCUUUUUUAAGAGAAUGUGAGUUGUGCCAUUCUAUUUAAUUAUAUAAUUCUUUGGUUUAAG